AUUAGUGAAGGCCAAGGCCAUUAACGAUGCAGGAAUCGAAAGUUGACGUUCAUCAUAAUAGGCUUACAUACAACAAGGCGGCGCAGCGCAGUCAUUCAAGUCCUCGCGCGGAUUGAAGGUGCUCGCUCGUUUGCCGGCUGCGAUGCAGGAAGCGAAGUGUGUUCUUAGGUGAAAGUACGGUAAUGUCGCGUUCCAAAUACCCAAGAAAUAAACGGUGGAUGCUCUUAACGCGAAUAAAUUAGUAUUUUGGAAAGUGCAAGGUACCAUGGACUGAACUCGCCUAGUGCUAAUGUUUAGAAGUUGGUAAAAAGUGUUUUUGAAAGUGGAACAUCAAGGAUUUUGAGUGAAAAUGGCUUUAAAAAUGGAAAAAACAAGCGAUUUCAACUUUAUCACGAAGAGUUUGCUUGCUGGAGGUGUUGCCGGCAUGUGUUCCAAGACAGUUGUGGCCCCACUGGAUCGUAUAAAAAUCCUCCUUCAAGCUCAGUCAAAUCAAUACAAACAUCAUGGAGUGGUCGGUGGCUUAACUGCUGUUAUCAAAAAUGAAUCGUUGCAAGCAUUGUAUAAAGGAAACGGUGCACAGAUGGUCCGAAUAUUUCCCUAUGCUGCUACACAAUUCACUAGCUUUGAGAUUUAUAAAAAGUACCUGAACGGCAUCCACAUACCUGUUGUUCAGCACGGUGACAAGUUCAUAGCGGGCGCGGGAGCGGGUGCGACCGCUGUAACGCUCACCUACCCAUUGGACACGAUCCGAGCGCGACUCGCCUUCCAGAUCACUGGUGAGCACAAGUAUACCGGCAUUGUGCAUGCUGCAACUACUAUGUUUCGGACGGAGGGCGGCAUACGCGCUUUGUACCGGGGAUUUGUACCCACCAUGUGCGGCAUGAUCCCAUAUGCAGGCUUUAGCUUCUACUGCUUCGAAUACCUGAAAUUCGUCUUGAUGAAGUAUCUACCUUUGACAUUCUGCAAGAAGUGUGAUAGAAAUACUGGUGGUCUAGUAUUGACAGUACCCGGUAAGCUUUUAUGCGGCGGCCUAGCAGGCGCAGCGGCUCAAUCGGUGUCAUACCCUCUCGACGUCACCCGCCGACGCAUGCAGCUGGCGUGCAUGGACCCGAAAACUGAAAAGUUCGGCUCGGGGAUGAUAAAGACGCUAACCCUGAUAUACCGCGAGAACGGUAUAGUAAAAGGUUUGUACCGAGGCAUGAGUAUCAACUACAUCCGAGCCAUACCCAUGGUGGCAACCUCGUUCUCCACAUAUGAACUAAUGAAGCAACUCCUACAUCUCGACACGGGAAUGGCGGUUUCUUAAUUGUUCUCUAAUUUGACUCUAAAUUUCAAAUGUGGGGAUUUGGAUUUUGUUAGGUGGAGGAGUUCAUUAUAUGGUAACCACCAUAUAACGAACUCCCCCAAUCAAUAAAAAUUAAGAAUGUGGCGAUGUGAGUUUAUAAACUCUAAAAAUCUAUGGCAUUUUAGUUAAUAAUGGUUGGGAUUACAAGAAAGUGUACGAAAUAACUAUUAUUAAUUGUAUUAUUGAUAUUAUCUCGCCCGCUAAAGGUUCAUAGGUCUUCUGCAUUGUCAUUGACCAUAUAAUCUUUCAUAAAUACUUACUUUUACUGUACGAUAUUUGAACAUAAACAAACUUUAAUACAAAUGUGGAUACUUGGUAGAAAAGAAGGGCGUAAAAGCCAAUUCUUAUCAAUAUUGAGUUCAUGAUGCUGUAGCAGAGGCUUAGCAGAAGAGUUGGAGGGAAGUUAAACGCUUGGUGUUCAGAUUAUCAUUGCGAUACCUACGUCAACUGUUUUUUUGUCAUUGUCAGGUU